GCAUGAUGUCAAACUUUAUUUAGGAUUAUCCCUCUUUGUCGAGAACAAUGGAAGAUAUCCCUCCUUGCUCUCGACUCUAUAUUUCCCUGGGCUCAGUAUUUAAUCCAACAAAUCUACGAGAAUUGUUAGAAUCCUACGGCAGGGUUGAAGAAUUCAAAGCCCCGCGUAAAACCAAUGCUAAAGGGGAAGUGCGCCAGCGCGGAUUUGCGUUUGUCAAAUUUUUUAAAACUUCUGACGCGGCAGCUGCGCUGGAGGGUUUGGACGGGACAGAGUUUGAGAAUCUGGCGUUGAAAGUUUCCGUUGCUGGAACCCAGAGGAGUGAGGCUGGAAAUAUUGUGAACAUUAUUCCGAGAUUGAUAUCCUUUACUCUACCUGAAGCCCAGGAGCUGGAUCAAGUCGAGGAGAUGCUCUCUAGGUUCGGAACCGUGAAGGAGGUCUACUUCUACAACAAGUCCAACACCAGGGUCAACGCUAGGUUUGACAAGUUCUCCGAGGCAGCAAACUGUGUCGAGCAGCUUGUAGAGUACUCGGCAUAUCUUGUAGUUCCUAAAAACAAACCAGAAUGUGGGAUUAAGAGAGCCUUUGAAGAUGUCAAUCCCUACGAGCACUACAACACGGAUAUGAACGCAGUAGGCUCGGAGCCUUACAUGAUGAUGUACCAGAACCCAAGCAUGUAUCAGAACCCUAUGAUGAUGAAUCUGAACCCUAGCACUAGGACGAAUGGAAUCCAUAUACCUGAUACCCUUGCUCAACACUCUGUUAGAACUAAUCUCCGGGUGGCGUAUAACCCUGUGCUAAGUGUUGAUCAAGUGAGCCGGCUAUUUGACAUUAUCCCAGGGUUUCUUGGUUUACAACUCCAGGAGGUUGGGUCUAACGGGGCUCUUGGUCUUGUAUCUUACUCAUCAACGGAAUACGCUCAACAUGCUUUAACAAAACUACAGGGCCUGGAGUAUCCUUUAAAAUCAUUCUUCCAUCUCGAACUAAUACCUCUGGACAAAACCUCAAUAUCCGAUCCUAUACCUGAUCUUGAACCUGAACCUGAACCUGAACCAGCACCUGCACCUCCUCAAGUUUAUGAUGUAGCAUCAGCAGUAGACGCAGGAAUAGUUUGCUCCGUGGAUCUUCCUCCACCGGAACCUCUUGUGGAUCAGAACUCAGAGGUUGUGACAAGUAUUUUCUUUGUUAUAAAACAACUGGCGGGUUCACCCACCCAGCAGCUGGUGGAAAAUUUGUUCUCUAGGUUUGGAAAUCUUGUUGAGGCUCGCUGUAUGAGAGGAAAGAGCUGCGGGUUUGCCAAGUUUAGCAGUGAUGAAAGUGCGCAUAAAUGUUUAAAUACCUUGAAGGAUUCAUCUUUACUCGGAUGUGCUCUCAGAGUAGAGAUUGCUGAUCCUUCCAGAUUCAACGGAGAGAAAACCUUUAGAAGAUAACACAACAUAUAUUAUAUAUAAAUUAGUAAUCUUUGUUUGUAUGCCCGAUCAUAACUCAUGAAAUCCUAGACCGAUUUGCCUCAAAUUUUAAUGGGGAAUUCGGUAAAACCAUGGGAAUUUUUUUAGCUUGGUUUAUAAAUUUUAAAUUGAAUUGGUCGAUUUUCACAGGGAAAGUUUAAAUUUCCAGACCAAGCUGGGUUCCCAAACUAGUUAUUCAAUAUUUGAUAAGGGAUAUUUAUUUCCACCCUAGUAAUACUUCAGUAUUUUUGGGAGAAUACGCAAACUUGAAAUAAGCACUAAGCAAUAAGCAUCGAUAAGUCUUACAUUUUUUUAUUGAUUUAAAAUCCUGUAAAAGUAUACAAAUAGUUAACCCUAAUUUUGCCCUCACAAUUGUAACUACAGGCCACAGCUGCAGUGUGGCGCUGUGCCCUGAAUGCAGUCUAGGGGUUCCACGUUGGAUUCCCUUUCAGAUGUACACUUGAUUUCAUUUCAUUUCAUUCGAACUGGAGAAUAUUAAACUUAUGUGUCAAUCUUUAAUUGUUCAAAAAAAGUUUGACAAAUGAUAUAUAAUUCUAGUCUUUUUCUAUUUAUUCGUUAUGUCAGAAAAGUUUACAAUUUUAACUAUACAAGAAUUAGCAAGAACAGCUAAAGAUUACAGAGAUUCUUUAACUUUUACUUUGUAGAAUCCCCCUCUCCUGUAUUUUAUUUAAAUAACCAGUUAUAAAAUUACAUGCACUUUUAUUAUACAAUAGUUCUUAAAUGCUGACUGACUGCUAAUAUGCUUCUUGGUUUUGUUGAAGGAUCUCAAGUAAUAUCUAGUCCUAAAUUGUUCAUAUUUUCAGAA